AUGGACUCCGACGACGAUGACUUGCCCACAGUGCAAAGAGCCGCCGUGAUUCAGAAUCCCGGCCCAAAUGCGACGAUUGCGAUUCGGAACAACAUGCCAGUCGGAACACCUGGUCCUCACGAGAUCCUCGUCCGUAUUAGUGCUACUGGCGUUUGCGGAUCAGAGACGCGGGCAUUCCGAGGCUGGGGCGUGUACGAUCCGAUCGUCGGCCAUGAAGGCAUAGGAAGAGUGGUCAAGCUGGGCGCUGGCGUUUCCGAGGAUAUGCUCGGCCGAAAGGUCGGGGUCAAAUGGCUCUACAGGGCAUGCGGCUCCUGCUCCGUCUGCCUCCGGGGCCACAGGAAUAACUGCCCGAAGCAACUGAACACCGGAAAGCACCGGCCCGGGACGCUCCAGCAAUAUGUCGUAGCCGACGCCCGUUAUGUCACAGAGAUCCCCGACGGCCUCCACGACGCGGAGGUGGCGCCCUUGCUCUGUGCCGGGCUCACCAUGAUGGGCGCGGUGUCUAAAUUGAAAGGCGACCUCUCUCCUGGUGAUUGGGUCGUUAUCCAGGGAGCUGCCGGUGGCCUGGGGCACUUGGGUGUUCAGAUCGCUGCGAAGCUGAGGGGGUAUCGGGUGAUCGCGGUCGACGGGAGCGGUCAUGAUCAGUUCUGCAAGGACAUGGGGGCGGAAGCCUUCAUAGACUACACCAGAGACGAUGUCGAGAAGGAGGUCAUGAAACUGACGGGAGAGGGGGCGCAUGCUGUCAUCGUGGUUCCUGAGUCUGAGGACGCCUACAGGAUAGCUCCUAAGCUGGCCAGGUCGAUGGGAACGAUUGUGUGUGUUGGGCUGCCUCACAACGACUUUCAAAUUCCCAUACCUGUGUCCCUUUGCGCUUUGAAAGCACUGAAUAUCAAAGGUGCUAUGGUGGGAACGGAGCGAGAGAUGGAAGAGCUUCUUAAGGAGGCCGCCGCAGGGCGCAUUCGGGCUUCCAUCGACUACUUCCACAUCUCUCAAACGUCGGAGAUCAUCUCACAAUUGAUUAAUGGUGAGGUGUUUGGAAGAGCUGUAAUCACUACUCUGUGA